GUACUCAGUGACCUCACCUCGUGUUGAUAUACAUUGGCUAAAGUGAAACUGACUAGCUAGUUGCAGUAAACUAUAUAUGCUCGUUACAGACGGACGGUUGAUUAUAUUGCUCAGAGAUUCAAACUAAAGAACGACAAUCACAAAGCAUAUGCUCAAGUAAGUGAGACCACUAAUACACUAACUGUUUGAGUGGCUCCUCUACAAAAGCUGUGUCUGUAUUGUGAGGGUGCAGUACUGGGCCGGGGAUGUCUGAUAAGCUACAGGACCUUAUAACACACUGUCAUCACCAUGGGAACUAGAUCUAUCUACACUUACACUAGAAUAUAAAUGCAUCAAUCCACUGAUCCAUCAAUAAAUUUUUGUUGUGUGAAGUUUGUAAAAGUGGGUGGGGCUGUGGACAUUGUAGGAAGUGUCUUCCAUGAGACAAUGUUGAAAGCUGUUCGCUCCUUACUUGGUCGACCACCAUCAGUUGAACCACCACCUCGUUGGGGUCAAUUCUCUGCUGUUGACGGACACCAUUAUAUGUGGAGGGGGUGGGGUCCAGGACUGAGGGGGUCUAACAUCAUUGCUGUGUAUGAUCCAAGCACUAGGCUGUGGAGCCUCUUGCCCACCACUGGACCUCUACCCCCUGGAGAGUUUGGUGGUUGCUCUGUUUGUGUAGGUCGUUGCCUGUUCACCUUUGGUGGUAAGGAUGGGUCUUCUUCAUACUUCAAUGACAUGAGCAAGCUUGAUCUGGACACUCUCCAGUGGACCAAAGUUCAAACCUAUGGUAGUCAGCCUAUGAAAAAGGCUGGUUGUGGACUUGUCCGUGUGAAUGAGAGAACUCUGUGCUGCUUUGGAGGAGAAGGUAUUGAGGGCACCACACAACCAGGAGCAACAUUCACCAAGACUGAAUGGUCUGAUAGAAUUGGACGGACAAACGAGUUCCAUUUCUUUGACACACAAAAUGGUGUCUGGUCGUCCCCUGAGCUCAGAGGAGAGAGACCUCCUCCUUGUAAGGACUUCACCUUCACCACGGUCGACCAGCACAGGGCAGUCCUAUUUGGAGGGUACCAACCUGGCCGUGGUGAGGUCAAUGAUGUCUACAUUUUUAACUUUAGCAGGACCACGGAGGUCACUAAAGUGAAGCCAGUACAGGGAGAGUCAUGGCCAGUGGGGAGGUCACUCCAUGCUGCCUGUUGUCUCAACUAUGGCCAGGACCACCCUCAACUACUGGUGUACGGAGGAGUGGAUAAUGACGUCAAUACACUGAGGGACAUGUGGAUAAUUGAUGUUGACACUGGCAAGUGGGCAGAGGUGACACCUCCUGAGUCAAUGACACCACGUCACUACCACUCCAUCACUGCCACCAAUCUGGGACCAGGACUCACUGAGGUCCUCGUGUUUGGAGGCAGUCUGGUGUGGGGGAAAACGGACGCCAUUGCAGAGACCAUCAUACUUGAGUUGACUGGACCCUCAGCGUCUGUUGCUGGACCCUUAGCUGGGAAGUGGGCUCUCGUGGAUGUGGCCCACAACGACACUAGAGGCUCCGACACUCAAUGUCACCACCAACUACAGUUGCAAGAGAAAGAUCGAGAAUUGGCUAUAAAAAAUCAAGAAUUAGCUACGAAAGAUCGUGAAUUAACCGAGGCCAACCGCUGUCAUCGAGAUGCGGAGGAAAGAGCACAGCUGGCAGAGCAAAGAGAGCAAGCUACACAAUUACUUUUACAAGUGAAAGAUCGAGAAUUGGCUGAGGCCAACAGAAGAGAAGCUGACUUGUCUGCUCGAAUCACAGCUCUCAGGAGGGAGUUAGAAGGCAAGACGAAAGAGUUGGCAGCACACAACACAGAGGUGUGGAGGAUUCCGGCCAACAGAGUGAUCACGAGGAGAACGAUUGGCUCUGGAGGAUGGGGGGAGGUGCUGGAGGGAACAGUGGCGGUGGCCGUCAAGCGACUCUUUGCUGCCAUUGUCAACCCACGCAAUUUGGAGAGACUCCAGAGAGAAAUGAGGCUCUUGGCUGAAGUACGACACCCCAACCUAGUGCAGUUCAUUGGGGCAGUGUUUGAUCAGUCCCCUCCUCUCAUCAUCACCGAGCUUCUGGACAUGAAUCUUCGACAAGCAUACGAGAGGAAUCAACUGUACCCAGGAAACCGCCUCGCGAUCUUCAUGGACAUUGCCCUAGCUCUGAACUACCUGCACCAGCGCUACGAUCCCAUCAUCCACCGUGAUGUGAGUGCUCCCAACGUCCUCCUCCAGCGAAUGCCUAACCACCAGUGGAAGGGGAAGGUCUCUGACCUCGGCUCAGCCAACUUCCUGCAGCAUGCUCAUACGAUGGGAGAGGGGGCCAUAAUCUACUCCCCUCCUGAAGUCAUGCCUCAACCGCUUGCACGACCUCCUCCACAAACUGUCAAGAUUGACGUGUACAGCUACGGUAUUGUGUUGGCUGAAGUGACUGCCAGUCGAUUUCCGAGUCAAGACAAUUUCCCUGAGAUGUUUGAGAGAAUAGAGAGGCAGCAUCCUGCAGUGUACGAGCUGAUACUCGGCUGUAUUGAGAGAGAGCCCAGCCAUCGACCCAGCAUGGCACAGGUGAUGGUGGAACUGAACAAAAUAGCACCCUUUUAACUAUAAAAAAUGCACAGUGAAGUGAACACUUAUCUAUAUAGUAGUUUCUUCUUGAUUUUUAAUUACUUUAUGAAUUUUAUUUUUAGCUUUGGCUUUUGUAGUGUGUGUUUGCACUCUCCUAUUAUGAUGAUUACUGUUGACUUUA